UGAAUGCAACAUGAACGCCCUGACCUCUCUGGUAUUCGCUGUCCUGUACACCAGCAGUGUGUACUGCAGCUACUACCACGGACCCAUCGCCAGGCCUGUCGUCCUCCACAACGGCUACCUGGCAGACACCCAUGAGGUAGCAGCAGCCAAGAACGCUCAUCUCACCGCUCUAGCCAAGGAAUCUCACUACGGAGGAGACUAUGGAUACGGUAACAGCCAGGAAUACAGUGGCUCUUAUGACGGCCAUCAUGGAGACAUCAGGUACCACGGUCCCACCGCCAUCCCACACGUCCUGCAUGACGGACACAUCGCAGACACUCACGAGGUGGCCGCUGCUAAGGCUGAGCAUUUCGCCGCCGUAGCCAAGGCCAAGGCUCACGGAGGCUACGGUGACCAUUACAGUGGCAGAUACGCCUCAGACUACGGUGCCGACCAUGGACACUCCCAUCAUGUGGCGCCUUACCACGGACCCCUCGCCAAGCCCGUGGUGCUCAAGUCCGGAUACCUGGCAGACACUCACGAGGUCGCUGCUGCCAAGCACCAUCAUCUGGAGGCCCUGCAUAAGGCCAGUCAUCAUGGUCUUUACGACUAUCAUUAUUAACUAAAUAGUAUUAAAUAAAUAUCUGUAUAAAUGCUGUCAUAACUGAUUCGACAUUUUUCGUUUUCCUCAAACAACACAUUCGCUCGUGUUAAAACAAUACUUGUACCGAGCCACCUCAGUAUCCCAUCAAACCACUAAAACAACACUAAACACGG